GAACAAACAACCACCCAAGAAAGCAAAUGAAACUAUCCACGUCUUGAUCCAUCAACCUUCAUCAAAUCAUUGCAUCUCACAACCCCAGGGGUCAGAAUGGUUCAGAACCCCUCGCCUCAGGCGCUUCCUCGUCUACCCCAGUCCCCCACAUGCGCCACCGCGCGCUGGCAAGCGGUUGUCAGUCGAGAUCCAACAGCCCACACCUUCGUCUACGCCGUCCUUACCACCAGGAUAUACUGCCGUCCCUCCUGCCCAGCCCGGCUCGCAAGACAAGCCAACGUCCGCUUCUACGAUACCCCGUCACAGGCCGAACGCGCAGGUUUCCGGCCUUGUAAACGCUGCAAGCCUGAUUCCCCUGGAGCGAUUAAUCCUCAGACGCAAUUGGUACGGCAGGCAUGUCAGGCUAUCCGAUCGAUCGUACAGGCCGGAUCAAAACCAACGCUACAAGAUCUUGCAGCAGAGGCCGGCCUCACACCCAGUCAUUUCCAUCGCGUGUUCAAGAAGGUUAUGGGCGUGACGCCCGGGGGGUUUGUGGCUGAGGUGUUGAGAGGGGGUGCAGUCGCCGAGGCGUUGUCGGAUGGACACACCUGGCCUGAAAAGGGGAGAAAUCCUACGGCGGUGUUACAGCCGUGCGUUGCAGAUACCAAUGGGGAUGCUGACUCGGGCGGGCUGGAGAACAAUGGGGUCGAUGGUGCUGAUGGGGCCGUGCUGUGGAAUGAGUUCGACGCCAUGAUAGCCGCCGAGGCUGGGUUCGUUUCCAUGCAGGAUGUACAGCCAUUGGAUGAACUGGUUGCUUGGCAUGGUGUAGGCUAUUCCAAUGUGGCUAUUGAUGAAACUUCACCACCAGAUAUCUGUUAGGCAGGAAUACCUCUUGAAAGCACCCAUGGAGUGAACGCAAUUAAAAC